GAAGUAGAGACAGAGAGAGAGAGGGAGGGCAGAAGGAGGAUAUUUAUGUAGCUGCAGGUCCGAUCAUAUGAACUUUCAGUUAUGGCUUUCUACAAAGUGAUCUGUGUGGCGACUCUGCUGACUCUGCUCACACAAGAGUCUCACUCACAACUAAGUGAGUGCGGUCAGCCUCCGCUCAACACCAGGAUUGUUGGAGGACAGCCGGCCCCUGCAGGAAGCUGGCCCUGGCAGGUCAGUCUGCACAGAGGGGGUCACUUCUGUGGAGGAUCCCUCAUCAACAACGAAUGGGUGCUGACUGCUGCUCACUGCUUCCCAAGCUCCAGCACAGACAGUCUGGUUGUGUAUCUGGGUCGCCAGAGUCAAGAGGGAUCCAACCCCAAUGAGGUGUCUCGGACAGUAACACAGAUCAUCAAUCAUCCCUCAUAUGACUCCAGAACCAAUGACAAUGACAUCUCCCUCCUGAAGCUCUCCUCACCGGUGACUUUCACCAACUACAUUCGACCCGUCUGCCUGGCAGCCUCAGGCAGCACCUUCUACAAUGGCACGGACUCCUGGGUCACCGGCUGGGGCACCAUUGGAUCUGGAGUGCCACUUCCUUCCCCACAAGACCUGAUGGAGGUGGAGGUGCCGGUUGUGGGGAACCGACAGUGUAACUGUGACUAUGGAGUGGGCUCAAUCACAGACAACAUGAUCUGUGCCGGGUUGCGUGCUGGAGGGAAGGACUCAUGUCAGGGCGAUUCAGGCGGUCCGAUGGUGAGCAAGCAGAACAGUCGCUGGAUCCAGGAGGGAGUCGUGAGCUUCGGAGUAGGUUGUGCUUUGCCUGAAACGCCAGGAGUUUACACCAGAGUGUCCCAGUAUCAGUCCUGGAUCAACAGCCAGAUCACCAGCAACCAGCCGGGCUUUGUCACCUUCACGUCCACUGGGACUGACGGUGACCUCAGCGUCACCUGUCCUGGGCUGCCACCACCGCCAACCACCGUCGCUCCAACACCCAAACCUGUGGUCUGCGGCCAAGCCCCAAUGAAUUCACGUAUUUUGGGAGGAAGCUCGGUGGCGACAGCCGGUGUUUGGCCGUGGAUGGCGAGCUUACAGAAGAAUGGAAGUCACAUGUGCGGCGGGACUCUGGUGUCCGAGGACUCAGUGUUGAGUGACGCCGACUGCUUCUCAAGUUCUCCCGUAGCGUCUGAAUGGACCGUCGUUUUGGGUCGUCUGAAGCAGAAUGGAUCCAACCCCUUUGAGGUGACGCUGAAUGUGACCAACAUCACUCUGAGCAACCUGACCGGGUCUAAUGUAGCAGUGCUGCGUCUGUCAACCCAACCCACCCUGUCCGACUACAUCCAGCCCAUCUGCCUGGACAACGGUCAAACCUUCAGCGAGGGCUCGACGUGCUGGGCUGCCGGCUGGAGCUCCGGGCGAGGAGGGGAGGAGGAAGUUCUGCAGGAGUUCCAGACCUCGGUGGUAAAUUGUGGGAACAGGUCAUCGAGUGACACCAUUUGUACGAGCUCUUUCACACUGGAGCAGGGCGAUUAUGGCGGUCCGAUGAUGUGCAAGAAGGACGGCUCUUGGUUCCAGGCGGCGGUGUUAUCGACUGACAAGAACUCCGAUACAAAAGGAAUUAUUAUUAUUAUUAUUAUUAAAACACGAGCAGAUCCUCCGAUGGUCUUCGCCAAACUGAGCACCUUUCAGUCCUUCCUGUCUGGGGUUCUGGGGACGUUCUUAUCUCCAGCCGCCACCACCACCACCACAGCUCCCAGCAACCAGACCACCACUGCCGGCGCUCCCGCUCACUCCUCCUUCUUCAUCUUCUUCCAUCUCCUCGUCUUGUCUGCGUGUCUCCAGCUCUUCUUAUAGAAACUCCAACUUUAUCCGUAAAUAGGGAUUUACAGGAUGUGACGAACACAAAUGAAAGUAAACAACGUUGAAUCUGAGACACAAUUCAGGCUUAAAUCUACAUGAAGUAAUCUAUGACUUUAUUCUGUUGGUGACAGGAACAGAGUAGUGAAGUAGGGGUUAGCUUACUGGCUAACAAAUCUACAUCAAUCGUUAGGUAGACAGUUAAUCAAUAAAGUCUAUCUAUCUACAGAGCAAAGGUUAGCUAACUGUUUUACAUUAAUCAUUAGCUGACUAGUUACAUCUGAUAGUUUGUGUUAAAUGCUACCUAACUAGCUACAGUUGAUGUAGAUUAGGUACUCAACAGUAAAACAUGAUUCAUAGUUUCUUAUUCCAGUCUAAACUGAAGGGUGUAAAAUACGGGUGUGAUAUGAAGAACUUUUAAAGAUGCACUGAACAAAUGUAGAUGUAGCAUAACACUGAAAGCAAACCAUGAAAUGUGGUUCAUAGUUUUUGAAGCUACAUGGAUCAAUAAUUAUAUCUACUCUGCUGUUUUUAUUGUGAUUUUUAAAAAAAUCAAUCUGUUGUUAAAUGUGUGAAAUCUGUGUAAUAUAUUGAUUUCACUGAUUAUUAUUAUUAUUUUUGAUUGUUGAACAGGAGCCAUAAGUGUCAUUCAGUAUGUCAUAGUUGGAUUCAGACAUUAUAAUGAUUUGUAAUUUAUAUAAUUGUUGGUAUUCAGUGAUCAAUAACUCUGCCAUUUAAUUCCCUGCACACUGUAAAGAAGCAUAUUUUAGGUCUGAGGAACACAUCUACCUCAUAUUACCAGAGAGCUACUGUACCAUAAUGUUCAUUUCUAUCUGACAAAGCACUUAAUGUGAACGUCUUUGCUCUGAAAGUACACAAGCUGCACUUUACAAUGAUCAUUAUUUGGUCUGAAAGAUAAAAUGUCAAUCUUGCCGAGCUCAUGAAAUAAAUCCGUCAUGUAAAUGUGAAA